AUGUACACCUCUCGUGAUGGCAAGCUCCUCAUGGCUACUCGCGAUGGCAGCGCGAUCAGGAAGGCCGCGGCGCCCCGUGCUGUAGGGCCUAAGGCCAUCCCAUCGAAAAAGGUCGCCAAGCGUGCCCCCAAGCCCGAGGGGGCGGCAGACCCCUCCGCGGGCCCCCGGCCUGACCUCCGGGUGCAAACCAUGUACCGCAAGCUGUGCGAGGUGGAGGGGUGCCUGGUGCAGCCCAGCUACGGACUAUCAGGUACGAGCCGGCCAAGGUUCUGCCGUGAGCACAAGUCGAAGGGUAUGGUGGGGCUGAAGAACCGUCCGUGCCUAUUUCCAGGGUGCACGACAAGGCCUCACUAUGGCCUCUCCAAAGGGCGGGCUAUGUACUGCGCCUCGCACAAGAAGGACGGGAUGGUUCACCUCCUGAAGGAGUCCCUCAACAUGGAGAAGGAGCGCAUCGCAAGCAAAAGCUGA